GCUGCUACAGAGGCUAGUUCCCGUAUAAUAGGACGCGCGCCAAGCCGUUUCGCGAUUCUUUCUCUUUUCUUUUCUUGUGACGGCGUUUCCCCCCCCUCGACGAGCGACAGAGAGGAUCAGCGGUUGAUUUUCGAGCGGUUUCUGUCUCCGGUGCAGUGACGAAGGAGUUUCAGGGGCGUUGGGGGAUUUGUUUUGAGUUGCAUUGAUUUUUGGUGGUUGUUUCACUUAGGAGCUUGACGAUGACUUAUAAUGGAGGAGAUUCGUAUAGGCAGUCUUGUAUUUCGGCCCAAGGUUGUGGAAGAGAUGAUCUGUAUAUGGAGCUAUGGAGGGCUUGUGCAGGUCCACUGGUUGAUAUACCUCGCGUUGAUGAGAGAGUCUUCUAUUUCCCUCAGGGCCAUAUGGAACAAUUAGAGGCAUCGACGAAUCUGGAGCUAAAUAAGAGAAUUCCUCUGUUUAAUCUUGCCUCGAAGAUUCUAUGUCGUGUAAUUCAUAUUGAGCCACUGGCGGAUCAUGAGUCAGAUGAGGUUUAUGCUCAAAUAACUUUAAUGCCGGAAUCAAAUCAAAAUGAACCUAAAAGUAUGGAUCCAUGUCCUCCUGAACAAACUAGACCAGUUGUUCAUUCAUUCUGCAAGGUUUUAACUGCUUCUGAUACCAGUACUCAUGGUGGGUUUUCUGUCCUCCGAAAACAUGCUACUGAGUGCCUACCUCCCUUGGACAUGACUCUGGCUACCCCAACUCAGGAUCUGGUAGCCAAGGAUCUUCAUGGAUAUGAGUGGCGAUUCAAGCAUAUUUUCAGAGGACAGCCACGAAGGCACCUGCUGACAACUGGGUGGAGUACAUUUGUUACUUCUAAGAGAUUAACUGCUGGGGAUUCCUUUGUAUUCUUGAGGGGAGACAAUGGAGAGUUGCGUGUUGGGGUGAGGCGUCGUGCUCGACAGCAAAGCAGCAUGCCACCAUCUGUGAUAUCAAGUCAGAGCAUGCACCUAGGGGUGCUCGCAACUGCAUCUCAUGCUGUUACAACUCAAACCCGCUUUGUAGUCUAUUAUAAACCUAGGACUUGUCAGUUCAUAAUAAGUCUAAAUAAAUACUUGGAAGCAGUCAAUAACAAGUUUUCUGUUGGCAUGAGAUUCAACAUGAGUUUUGAGGGAGAGGAUUCUCCAGAGAGAAGGUUUUCAGGAACUAUAAUUGGAGCUGCAGAUAUUUCACCUCAUUGGCCUAACUCAAGCUGGAGAUCACUAAGAGUUCAAUGGGAUGAACAAACAUCUAUAAUGAGACCUGACAGGGUAUCACCUUGGGAUAUAGAACCACUCACGUCUUCCGCAGUCACAGGUCUAUCUCAACCCGUUUCAAAAAACAAAAGGCCUCGACAACCAACUCCAGCUCAUGAUGGCGCUGAUUUGACUAAGCCAGCGCAUUGGGAUUCUGGAUUGGCACAGUCACAUGAUGGUAAACAAUGCAGUAAUGCAGCUGAAAGCAGAAAAGGUGAAAAUACUGAAUUGUGCCACCAUAGAGAGACAGAUUCCAUCAGCAACAGCUCAUGUGUAUCAAGAACACAGACUGACACCUGGCUAUCUACCCGAUCCAAUAGUUAUAAACACCCAGUACAUGACAUGGCGCAGGAUUAUAAAACUGUGCCUGGCGGUGGGUGGUCCUUUCUGUUAGGAACCUCAACCUGUCACUUGGCUAAGUUAAGUGAUGAUCAAAUACAUGACCCCAUUGAAAAUGGGAGGAACGGUGAAACAGUAGCUAGUUGUAGAUUGUUCGGUAUUGAUCUUAAUCAUUUGGCUGCUGAGAAAGCAUCUCCUCAACCAAGCAGUGUGUCUAGCGACACAGAUGGGCGCAUCAGUACCUUGUCAGUGGCUCAGUCCGAUCCGAAAUCUGACAACUUGGAGGGCUCUAUAGAAAGAAAAUCAGAACCAUCACAAGCAUCUCUGAAGGAGAUUCAAUGCAAUCAAAGUAGCUCAGCUAACACUAGAAGCCGCACCAAGGUUCACAUGCAUGGAAUGGCCGUGGGUAGGGCAGUGGAUUUAACCAUCUUAGAAAGCUAUGACCAACUAAUAGAUGAACUUGAGAAGAUGUUUGAUGUCAGGGGACAGCUGUGUGCUCGAGAUAAGUGGGAGAUAGUAUAUACUGACGAUGAAGGGGAUAUGAUGCUUGUUGGAGAUGACCCAUGGGAAGAAUUCUGUAACAUGGUGAGAAGAAUUUUUAUAUGCUCUAGGGAGCAAGUGAAGAAUAUGAGCGCAGGAAACAAGCAGCUGACUCCAACAGAAGUUGAAGGGGCUUUAGUACUCCCGGAUUCCCCCGCAGUUUGAGAUGGGAACUUAAUUUUUGUUAUUUAAACUCCACUUCAGAUGUCUUUCCCUUGUUUGUUUGUUUCGUUAGAGCUUGUUUGGUAUUGGGUCGAUAAUAAAGUAUGAAAUUGAAAGUGGCAAAUGAAAGGCUGUUUAUGUGACUGCACAUUUUUUAGAGCCAAUUAGAAGUCAAACUGGCUUUUAAUAACACGAAAGUCUCGCUAGGAGCCAAAGGAGUGGAUUGGAUGCUCGGUGUAAUAAUGCAUUAUAUCAGUAGGAUUUGGUUUCUGGGGAUGGUAUGAGUUUGUGUGAGCCUUCUUUCCUGAUCAAUGUAAAUAUGUAUUUUCUGGACUUCGAUCAUUUAUAACUAGGCAGAAGACUGGAAGCAUCAUUUGAUGCACAAGUUUCAAGAAUUUGAACGCGUUCAAAUGCAAA